AUGAAACUUCUCCUAUGAAACACACACAAGAUCAGAAUUAUUUGAGUCUCAAAACACAUCCUACUCCCUUUUCCUCAAAAAAUGGCACUGCCUUUGCUAACCAUAUUCUCAAUCAUUCUAUUCAGUUUCAUUUCAUCCCACCUCUACCAAAAGCUGAGGUUCAAGCUCCCGCCGGGCCCACGCCGGCUGCCUAUCGUGGGCAACCUCUUUGACGUAAAGCCCUUGAGGUUCCGGUGCUUCGCCGAGUGGGCCCAGAUCUACGGCCCGAUCAUAUCGGUGUGGACGGGGUCCAACUUGAACGUGGUCGUUUCGAGCCCGGAGCUCGCGAGGGAGGUGCUGAAGGAGAAUGAUCAACAGUUGGUGAACAGGCAUAGGAGCAGAUCGGUGACUAAGUUUACCAGUGAUGGACAGGACCUCGCUUGGGCCGAUUAUGGGGCCCACUAUGUGAAGGUUAGGAAACUUUGUACACUUGAGUUGUUUUCUGCGAAGAGGAUUGAGGCCCUUAGGCCCAUUAGGGAAGAUGAGGUUACGGGCAUGGUUGAGUCCUUGUUCAAUGACUGCACUAAACCUGAAAAUUCAGGAAAAGGUUUUGUCGUGAGGAAAUACUUGGAAGCAGUAGUAUUCAACAACAUAACCAGACUGGCAUUCGGCAAGCGGUUUGUGAAUUCAGAGGGCUUGAUAGACGAUCAAGGCCUAGAGUUUAAGGCGUUAGUGGCCACCAGCUUAAAACUGGGGGCGUCGCUGUCCCUGGCAGAGCACAUCCCCUGGCUCCGAUGGAUGUUCCCUCUGGAAGAAGAGGCUUUCGCCAAGCACGGCGCAUGGCAGAAACGGCUUACCGAGACCAUCAUGGAAGAGCACACCGCUGCCCGCCACAAGAGCGGCGACGCCAAGCAGCAUUUCGUGGAUGCGUUGCUGACAUUGAAAGAGAAGUAUGAGCUUAGCGAGGUCACAGUCAUUGCGGUUCUUUGGAACAUGAUCCAUGCAGGCAUAGACACAACGGCUGUCGCUGUUGAGUGGGCAAUGGCCGAGCUGAUCAAGAACCCUAGGGUGCAACAAAAAGCUCAAGAGGAAUUAGACCGCAUCGUGGGUCAUGAACGGGUCAUGGCCGAAUCCGACUUCUCUGACCUCCCUUACCUGCAAUGUGUUGCCAAAGAAGCCUUGAGGUUACACCCUCCGACCCCACUAACGCUUCCCCACAAGGCCACUUCCAACGUCACAAUUGGCGGUUACGAUAUCCCUAAAGGAUCCAACGUCUUCGUAAACGUGUGGGCCGUGGGCCGUGACCCGACAGCUUGGAAAACCCCAGACGAGUUCCAGCCCGAGAGGUUUUUGGAGGAGGAUAUUGAUGUGAAGGGCCACGAUUUCCGGUUGUUGCCUUUUGGGGCGGGCCGACGGGCCUGCCCCGGAGCUCAGCUCGGGAUCAACUUGGUGACAUCAAUGCUUGGUCAUCUUCUCCACCAUUUCUGGUGGGCCCCGCUGGAAGGUGUGAAGCCGGAAGAGAUAGACAUGUCGGAGAACACCCCGGGGUUGGUGUGCUUUAUGAGAACCCCUUUGCAGGCUGUUGCUAAACCAAGAUUGUCUGCUCACCUGUAUAAACGUAAAGCUGUUGACAUGUAAUUUUCGACUUUGAUUAAUUUGCUGCUAUUCAAAGUAGUAGUUCUUAUUGUUUUGGAAUUGCGAUGUGUUCGAAUUAUAUGGAUAUCAAGACUGGAAAAAUAGGGCUGACAGUGUUGCCCCAUUUUCGCCCCUGAUAUCCUUGUUAGCGCCUUCAUUUGUUAUUGUUAAACUAUUUUCUCAUUCUGGAAAUAGGACUGGAAACUGUUUUUGGUAAGGUUUCUUGAGUCGACAGUGGGAACUGUUUUCUGAAGUCCUGGAGAAAGGUUUCACAAGAAAAAACGAGAACGAUUGAGUUUCAUACUGUUCAAUGAUUCUGUUCCGAGCCCCAGAAAAACAAAUGAAAGCAAACAGAUAAUGUUUUGGAGCUCCAAAAUUGUUCAAUCGAAGGGGUAACAAAGGCUAUACAGAGUCAAAUAUUCUGGCAAACUUCACAGCGAGAGCAUGUUUCCAUGGAGAAUAGGAUCCACUCAAGUCUCGUCUCGAAACGGACAGGACGGUCUUGUUUAUUGGCAAUUCCUGGAUCCACAUAGCAACCGUUCACUUUCAAGAUAAAUGUUUUUCAACCGAUAUCCGAUCAACAGGGUUUUUGACGUAGCUGCAGUUGCCCACGAGCUCUCAAAAAGAGGACCGUUUCAAUCAUUCAAGUGAACCCACAAAGAGCCACAAAGGCUGAACAGGACCGCUCCUGUGACUUGCCAUGUCUUUGUUAGGUAACAGUUGUUAACUCAGAACUCACAACUCUCAAGUGAUCUCAGAGCUGAGAGAAGAAAAAUGCGAGCAUAAAAUGGGAAACUCUAGAAUCUAUGAUAGAUUGGUUAAUCAAGGAAUGCACAGCUCAUUCAAUAAAUUUCAGUAAUGUGGACUCAAACAAGCACAACUGAACAACAGUAUAAACUGAGAAAUAACCAACAAAUCAUCAUUCGGUAAUCGCCAUCUUUAAAAGAAACUAGAUCACCAUGGUGUGGUUCUGAGUAAAACAUGUCCAAAUCAUCUUAUUUGCAUGUAGUUCUAGCCAGUAAGAAGAGUACACCUUAUUUGCUCACAUUCCAAACUCAAGACAGGAAAAGAAUACCAUAUAAAUAGACCUGUUCGGCUCAAAAUGCUUCAUAAAUGAAAGGUAAACCAGGAAAGCACCAUUCUCAGAAUCACGAAUCCAGUAAGCAAAAAAAGAGGGCUAGCAAAAAUCACGAGUCAUAAGAAGAAAAUAACAGCAUAGAAAGGUGUAAUGUAUAUAAUAGAGUGAAAGUGGUACAGCGUCACAAAUUUACAACUUGCACAAUAACUGCCAAACAUUAGCUGUAUCGUUCGAUAUUGCAGUAAAAGCAUGGCAGCACUGUACAGGCUUCUUAGAAACUAGGUUGUAUUUACAAACACAUAUUCAACAUAAAAGCCAGGUUAAUAUGUUUAGAAGUAAUAUUGUUCCAUUUGGUUCAGAAAAAGAAAAAAUUAUUCCUUCAAAGGUCUUAUUUGCAACUGCAUUCAACUCCCCUUUGUUACAUCCGCUCCUAAGCUUAUGAAGCAGAGAGGAUUUCAGACGAUCUUCAAUUACCU